AUGCUUUCAGAGAAUGAGCUCUACCCUUACUCAGUUCCUGUUGACCGGGAGAAGGUGGUGGCAUCUGGUGCCCUGACAUCUCUGCCUGUCAGGAUACACCGAUAUGACCACCUCUCGGACGCAGGGGCGCUGUGCUUGACCAAUGACUGGCGUGUCACCAUGAAAGAUGGACAAGACAGAAAGUCCAAUGGCUCGCCAUGUGUUGUAGGAAACUGGGGAAGUUUCAUCUGGCCUGAGAGUCGACCAGAAAGACUUGGGCUUCUCUGCUACCUGCUAGACGCAGGCUGUUUUCACGAUGAUGCUUGUGAGGAGAUGUCCAUCGCUGCAGCUCACGAAGAACACUUGGACAUGGAGGCAGCUAUGGACAUUGAUGAUCACCGCGCGCUGGACAGCGACUCACGGUCCUUGAAGACGAAACAUCUUGUCUCAACCGCUGUUCUUGAAUGCAUGAAGGUAGACAGAGAAGGCGCCAUGAAUAUGCUGGAGGCGUACCGAAAGAAAUGGCUCCAGAUCAUGGAGACAUACAAUACCGAGGAGAUCAACAAUGUCGAAGACUACUUCUUCGCACGGGCGAACAACGGGGGCAUGGGAGCGUAUUACGCGAUGCUUGAGUUCUCCUUGGGCAUUUCAAUCUCCGAUGAGGAAUAUGAGACGAUGGCUGAGCCCAUCACACGUGUGGAAAGGUGCAUGCUUCUCACCAACGAUUACUGGAGCUGGCCACGUGAGCGCAAGCAAGCCGAGAUCCAGGAGGCCGGCAAGGUCUUCAACAUCGUGUGGUUUCUUAUGAAGACCGAGUCCUGCACCGAGGAGGAAGCAGUCGCCAAAGUCCGCGAAAUGGUCUAUGCAGAAGAACAGAAGUGGACUGCUGCCAAAGACCGCCUGUACAGUCGGUUUCCCAGCCUGCGGCCGGACUUGGUCAAGUUCUUGGAAAACCUGCACACGGCUUUGGCGGGUAAUGACUACUGGAGCUCGCAGUGUUACCGCCACAAUGACUGGACGCACAUCCCAGAACUUCCUGGCGAUGAUGCACCAAAGCUCAACGAGCUAGCUGGCCUGGGUCAGUCGUUGGCGAAAGAAGAUCCACUGCCCAGCACUUCGGCCCCUGUGCAGAGGAAGAUUGAUGUGGACAGCGCGCGGAUCACUCCACGCAAGCGAUCCGCUGACACGAUCUCUAGCGAUGACACUGUGUCAAAGCCGAAAGGGAGCACGUCCAGCGAAGACUCGGCCAGUAAAGACUCGAUCUCCUCGGCCAGCACUCCACCAAGCGUGUCCAAGAGACAGGCAUUACAUCCAACCACUCCAUAUCAGUUGUCUGCGCACGAGACACGUGAUUUCGACUCUCCAGCCUUGACAGACCCGGUCAAGUACAUCAGGAGCAUGCCGUCCAAGAACCUCCGGACACAGCUCAUCGACUGCUUCAACACCUGGCUGAAUGUCUCUGCGUCUGCGAUCCCGGUCAUCAAAGAAGUCAUCGAUUGCCUGCACCAUUCUUCACUGAUACUGGAUGACAUCGAGGAUGGUUCGCAUCUGAGACGCGGGUUCCCAGCUACUCAUGUCGUCUACGGAGAGUGUCAGGCCAUCAACAGCGCCACGUUCCUCUACGUCCAGGCAGUGGAGAGCGUUCACGCCGCGGCCCGGAACAACCCAGAAAUGAUGGACGUCUUCCUGAAACACCUGCGGCAGCUCUUCCAUGGCCAAAGCUGGGACCUCUACUGGACGUACCACCGGCAAUGCCCCACCGAGGAGCAGUACCUGGAGAUGGUGGACCAGAAGACGGGCGCCAUGCUGCAGCUGCUGGUGGGCCUGAUGCAGGCAUCGCAGAGGCAGCAGCCAGGGAAGGGCGGCCUUCUCCCCGGCGAGGCCCUGUUCAAGUUCACGCAGCUGUUCGGCCGGUUCUUCCAGGUCCGCGACGACUACAUGAACCUUGCGUCGGUCGACUACGCGCGGCAGAAGGGGUUUGCCGAGGACCUUGACGAGCGCAAGUUCUCGUACAUGAUCGUGCACAUGUACCAGAGAUACCCCGAGGCCCGGGACAAGGUCGAGGGCGUCUUCAAGGCCAUGAAGCAGGGUGGUCUCCCGCAGGUUGCAGCGGAUACGAGCAAGAAGUAUAUCUUGUCUGUCCUUGAGGAGUCGGGAUCAAUCGCAGCUACCAAGGCGCUGUUGACGAGGUGGCACGACGAGAUCAUGGAGGAGAUUGGGGCCCUGGAGACGCACUUUGGGGCUGACAACGGCGUGCUUCGUUUGCUGGUGGAAACCUUACGAGUCUGA